UGCACGCGACGAAGAAACACAGCAAACCUGAUUGUAUUUACUUGGUGUAGUCUGUAGAUGUACACGACGUUGUUGUAGCCUUCUCCGGCAGCCGGGAUCGAAGGAGCUAGCCUCGUGCACCCCACAAGCUAGCUGGUGAUCGAGUAGGAGAGAUACUAGUAGUAGGGCAAGAGGAAGGAACAAUGAUGCGCCUGAUAUUGUAAAGUCUAGUUCAUUAGCACCUACAGUUUGGACAGUCCGGUGCGUGUGAGCGCGUCACCGAAUUUGUGCAGUAUCCAGCGCAAUGUCGAGUGGGAAGACGAAGCAAACAUCUCCUUUGGCCAAAACUAGCUCUGGCGAGAAGCCAACGACUGAGCCAUGUGGACGCCUACUAGCGGGCGAAACAAUCGAGGAGACUGCCCCUAACGUCGUUUUCCUUUGCCCCUUCAAUGGACCGCUGGCUGGUACGUUGUUCGUCACAACCUACAAGAUCAUGUUUGUAUCGAGUGAGGGCGAGCCGAGGGCAGUCUACGUUGCGCCUCUGGGUGCAAUCCAUUCCGUAGAGAAGGUUGGCGGAGCGUCCAGCCGUGGCGAGCACUCCUACGGGCUGGAAAUGCAGUUCAAGGACAUCCGCACGUUUCGCAUGGCAUUUCGCCAGGAGGGCCGAACCAGGCGAACGAUUUACGACCUGCUGCAGAAGCUGGCGUUCCCGCUCAGCUCGGGAGGGCAGAUAUUCGCCUUCAAUCAUUAUUCGAAGGGGUCGCUGACUAAGCAUGAUGCCGAGCACGGCUGGGGAAUCUUUAGCAUGAUCAAGGAGCUACGCCGGAUCGGCGUGCCCAACGAAGGCUGGCGCCUGUCGUCAAUCAACGAGGAGUAUCAGUUCUGCCCGACGUACCCGGCUGUGCUGACAGUGCCGGCGGCGGUGACGGACGUGCAGCUGGAGGCGGUGGCGUCGUUCCGAAGCCGCGCCCGCAUCCCCGUCCUGUCCUGGCUGCAUCCGGAGAACCACUCGAGCUUGACGCGCGGCUCUCAGCCGCUCGUAGGCAAGCUGGGCAAGCACAGUCGCGACGACGAAGCCUAUCUGGAGGAGAUCUCAAAGUCGAAUCCAAACUCGCAGAAGCUGGUCAUCAUGGACGCGCGCCCCAAGCUGAACGCCAUCGCCAACAAAGCCAUGGGUGGUGGCUACGAGGACGAGGAGCAUUACACGCACAUGGAGCUUCUCUUUCUGGACAUUGGCAACAUCCACGUGAUGCGAGAGAGCCUGCGCAAGCUGCGCGAGAUGUGCUUUCCGACGAUCGACGACGCCCACUGGAUGUCUAACCUGGAGAACACGCACUGGCUGGACCAUGUCAAGCUAGUGUUGGCCGCCGCCAAUCGCGUGGUGGAUCUGAUGGACCGCUGCCGAGUGUCAGUCGUAGUGCAUUGCUCCGACGGCUGGGACCGUACCUCUCAGGUCUGCUCGCUCGCCAUGAUGCUGAUGGACCCGUACUACCGGACCAUCCGCGGCUUUGCCGUGCUGGUCGAGAAGGAGUGGCUGGCGUUUGGACACAAGUUCCAGCAGAGGGUAGGCCAAGGUGACAAGCAUUGCGCCGACGAGCAGCGUGCACCCAUCUUUGUCCAGUUUAUUGAUGCCGUCUGGCAGGUGACUCGGCAGUUCCCCUGCGCCUUUGAGUUCAACGAGGCGUUUCUCCUGGCCAUACUGGACCAUCUAUAUUCGUGUCUCUUCGGCACGUUCCUGUGCAAUACGGAGCGAGAAAGGAAAGCAGUCAAGGAUGCGACCAAGUCCCUGUGGGCGUUCAUUGCUGAGCACCGUGACGAGUUCGUCAACCCGCUGUUCUCCGAGUACCUGCACAACCAUGUGCUGUGCCCGAUCGUGUCCAUCCGCCGCCUGCAGCUCUGGGUGGCCUACUACGCACGCUGGAAUCCGCGCAUGCGGCCGCAGGAGAACGAGCGCGAUCGCACCACGGAGCUGUACAAGCUGUGCCAGCGCUUGCAGUCGCAGUGCGCCGAAAUGGAGCAGAAGCUGAAGUAGAGCCCUGCUCACGGUUUGCCGUAAGUGUAAACGUGUGCGUCCCUUCUAGCUCGUCCGCUUAAUUACCAUACUAGCUGAGUCCUGUAGUUACUCACCGGCCUUGAGGCCACACACUCCACUCUUCAGGGUAAGAGCCAGCAAGAGCAUAGCAUCUUGACACAUUCAUUUAGAGUCUGUUACAGUCUGACCUGCGCAGAGUACCACAAUAGAGUACAUGUAUGGGUUUCUGACCGGGAUUUCCCGUCGCGCACCUCCCGCCUUCAUUCUUUCAUUGAUGGGUAGGGGGGCGAUAGUUGCUUGUGCUGGCAGCGAUGUCGACGUGCGAAUGAGCGUGACGAGUAUCUGUACUUGGCAGGGCAUUUCUUUCAAACUCGAAAUACGUUCAAAUUUUCAGUUCACUUGAUAUCCUACUAGUCUAGGUGCUCCAAAACGUUCGGCUCGGUAUGAAGAGGAGCUGAAGUCAGAGAAUAAAGAAUAUUUUCCGUGAUACAGUAUUAACACACAUUCACCGCUGGUGUCCUAUUUUACAAAGUAACGCUGCCUCGAAGGCAGCCUCGUGUCUUUUAGUUUAUUAUAUUUUUUUCUCUUAAAAUUGGAGCGAAGUUGUUAUGCUCGAAGCAGAUAUGAAUGACUGUGUGUAGCCAAUAUGAUGAACUUGAUGAUCAGUUCUGUUUCUCACCCGGCAUCACUAAUUAUGCUCUAUUUUCGUUGGUCCGAGGGAAAGAUGUUCUAUCUUUUCUUUCUUUUUUUAAAAAUAGUUUUCUGUAGCAAUCUGGUCGCCUUUGUACACUGCCAGGCUUGAGUCCGUGACAUACAUUCUCUGGUCUGAAUGAAUACAGUGCAUCUGAUGCGAAUAGCUCCCAAUUUACUGAGGUGAAGUAACAUCAAAAAGCAA